GCGCCGGGUAGGAUAACAUUAUGUGAGUACAUAUCGUCGACUGAAUUAUAUUAUUGUUCAAUAAUAGAAGAAUGUUGUUACGUCAAUGGUGAAUGGAGAUGCAUAAACCAACUCAACAGCGCUUUCCAUGGCGAUUCUGGAAACCAACCAAAAUGUGAAAAAAAAUCGACGCGGUCAAUAGACCCUUCGACGAUAAACACAUAUUCAAGAGAUAACUCUGAUGAGAAGACAAGUUCUGGAACUAUUGUCCCGAUUGUGAUUCCUUUCGUAUUGAUCAUCUCCUGUGGUAUGUCUUUCUGCCGAUACUACGUGUGGAACAAAAAAGCCAAGAAACGAAAAAUCAUACGUUUACAACAAUCAAGGACCGUUAGACCAAUCAGCGAACAAACACAGUACCGUAUUUUGGAUUUGUACCAUGAUAAUGGGAAUUCAGCUGCUAUUAUCGCAAAUCCUGAGACACAGGGUGGGUGUCUAAAUGAUGGGGAAAGGCUUGACACUUCCACCUUAGAAAACAACAAUGGAGAUUACUUACAAGACGAUACAACCUAUACUCCCACUGUUAAUCCACCAGCAUACGAAGAUAUUAUAAACCGAAAUGUAGCUGCCAUUGAUUCCGUUGAUCCAAGGACACACAGAUCAGUUGACGUAGAAGGGCUUGCCAAUUCUACCAUAAGCAACGACUAUGUAACUACAGCAUCUAUACCCAAAGUCAAGCAGCAUACAGCUAUCUUAUAAAGGAAUAAUGUGUAUGCACUUGUAUUGCUUUACGAUUUGGCAUACUUUUGUGCGUAUUUUGUUUUGUGUCUGAGUCAUUAACUUUAAUACAAUCAAUUUUCAAAUUAUAAAUUGAUUUUUUUCUAAUUUUCUUUAGUACUCUAGUUAUAUUAAUCAAAAUAUAUAAACUACUAAAUAUAAUAUUGUCAUAACGGUAAUUCUCUACAGCUAAGUUAAUACAUGUUAUCUGAUAUUAACACACAAGUAUUCAUAAACAAGUACAGCGUUUGUGGUUAAUGAAUGGACUAAUCUACAUUUAUAAUAUUUCAGAAAUAGACAUAUUGUCAUCCUUUUUUUUUAGCAAAAUAGCAUGAAACAUAUUGUGAAAAUAUAAAUAGCAACCAUUGAACAACGCCAUGGCCAAUAUCUGAUAUAACGAUAAAAUCAAAACAUGUGUCUUAAUAAUGCAACCUUCAUUUUUAUUUUUCGUUAAAAUGCUUUUGUUGCAUUUAAGCGAGUAAUAUUUGCCACUCGACGUUAAAAAUAACAAUCCUUUGAUCUAAAACGGCCAAUCAAAGAAAUGAUGAUUUGAUUAAUUAGAAUAUAAACAACCUUUUACUGGAUUACAAACAUACAUGUGCAGACCUGAAAGCUGAUUAUCCAAAUAACUCUACCUCUAUCUAACUUUUGAUUUUUGUUUA